GCGCCCCCAACAUAAACACCACCUGUUCCCCCUCUCUCACCACAGCCUACUGCACCUCCACAUUCACCUGCACACCGCCCGCUAGAGAACCUUCUGGCCAGGUAAGUUUCUCCCAAUUGCAUACGUAACCUGUAAAUCCCUCCGGUUCCCUACUACUUAUACCCCACCAACGCGCCUUCCUGCUCCACCACCAACACAACAAACACUUCUCUUCCCUGCCACCCUUCAACUCUCUACAACUCACUUCAAACUCAACACUCCCAAGUAACACCCCUCUAGUUUAAUACACAUCACCUCCACUACACACAUCAUGCCCUACGAGAAGAAGGCAGUCCACUUCGGUGGUGGUAACAUCGGCCGUGGCUUCGUCGCCGAGUUCCUCCACAACUCUGGCUACGAGGUCGUGUUCGUCGAUGUCAUGGACAGCAUCAUCGAGUCCCUCCAAAAGACCUCCACCUACACCGUCACCGAGAUUGGUGAUGACGGCGAGCGCAAGUUCACCAUUGACCACUACCGCGCUAUCAACUCCAAGCAUGAGAUGGACAAGGUCGUCGAGGAGAUCGCCACCGCCGACGUCGUCACCUGCGCUGUCGGUCCCAAUAUUCUCAAGUUCGUCGCUGAGCCCGUUGCCAAGGCCAUCGAGGCCCGGAAGCUCGACUACCCCAUCGCCGUCAUCGCCUGCGAGAACGCCAUCAACGCUACAACUACAUGGAGGGGUUUCAUUGAGGGCAAACUGAGCGAGGAGACCAAGAAGAACAUCGACAGCAAGGCUCGCUUCGCCAACUCGGCCAUUGACCGUAUCGUCCCCCAGCAGCCCCCCGACGCUGGCCUCGACGUCGUCAUUGAGAAGUUCCACGAGUGGUGUGUCGAGCAGAAGCCUUUCGAGAACGGCGGCAAGAAGCCGGAUGUCAAGGGCAUUCACUACGUCGACGACCUCGAGCCCUACAUUGAGCGCAAGCUCUUCACCGUCAACACGUCCCACGCCACUGCCGCCUACUACGGACACCAGAACAAGGUCCAAUACAUCCACGAAGUUCUUCAGGAUAAGAAGCUCCACGACACUGUCCGUGACGCUGUCAAGGAGACUGCCCACCUGAUCGUCACCAAGCACGGCGUCAAGACAUCAGAACAAGACGAGUACGUCGAGGAGAUUAUCAAGCGUAUCUCCAACCCUGUCCUCAAGGACAACGUCGAGCGUGUCGGCCGUGCUCCUCUCCGAAAGCUCUCUCGCAAGGAGCGAUUCAUUGGCCCCGCCGCUCAGCUGGCUGAGAAGGGUGAGAAGGUUGAUGCUCUCCUCGGCGCUGUCGAGCAGGCCUAUCGCUUCCAGAACGUCGAGGGUGACGAAGAGUCCGCUGAGCUUGCCAAGAUCCUCAAGGAGAACUCCGCUGAGGAUGUAGUCACCAAAGUCAAUGGCAUCGAGAAGGGAGAGCCCCUCUUCGACCGCCUUGUCGCCAUUGUCAAGAAGGUUCAGGAGAGUAGCUGAAUAGCCGUUGGUAGACUCUGAGUAGUAGUAGUCGCUGCGGCCUGAUGGAAGUGGAGUAGUUAGGCACUUAAGAACCUACCGUGGUUUAUUUACAGCGAGGAGGAUGGACAGCAC